UUAUUCAUUCGGAUAUGGUACCUUAGCAAUCUGUCAGCAAAAGACGUUUGACGCGUGCUUUUAAACGCUGCGUUUAAUUUUUCUUAAACAGUGGAAAUGUUUCGACCUAUGGGUUGGUAUACAUUUCUGGCUGUCAUAUUGUUUUCGAUCUUUUUUUCCUGCGAUACCAUCACAUAAAAGAGACGUAUACAACAAACCCGUCUAGACUGAGAAAAAAAUUAAAUAAUAAAAGAAAUCUUUUCGUUGGGGCUGAUAUGAUUUGUAUAAAAACAUUAAACAGGAUAUACUAGAUAUUAACAUACAGUUUGGUGUUUAGUGAACAAAGUGUCACUCAAAAUUGUUAUUUUGUUCACUUAUGUGUAUGUGGAUUAAAAAUUUGUGUACAAAAACAACCGAAAUCCUUUAUUUCACAAAUUAAAUUGUACAAUAAAGUAGUAAUAUAUCCAAGACUCUAUAGCGAAAGUGAUUUUUGAAAGAAAAAAAACAGCUCAAACAUCCAAAUGGAAUUUCCGACGUUUCUACGAACGAUCAAAUUUUAGGCGAUUCUGUUUUGUUUAUUUAUUAUAUACACGUUGGGCAAUUCAAUUUUAUUGCAAAAAUAUUGUACCAAUUAUGCGAUAUGAUCCAAUUUAUUGAAAAUAUUCCAAAAAAGUGAUUUAAUGAAGGCUGGUGGGUGAAUCACUGGUCAUAAUAUUGUACAUGCCCACAAAAACGUGUUGAUAUGCCUGAAUUAAAACAAAUGGUUUUUAAUCAGAUUUUUUCAUAAUUGUAGGAGAGAGUACAUCUACAAAUUUACACAGCUAUUUGCACAAUUUCUUUUAUAAACGUAUCGUCAUUUAAUCGAUUAAUUACAAAAACAAAAUAGAAAUAAAAAGUUUAAAACGAAAUAGGAAAUAUGGUUGAAUCAAAUGGAUAAUCAAAAGAAAAAGAUAUCAAUUCCUUUACAAUAUUGAUUCGAUUAUUACAAGGAAACGUGCGACGAUAAUAAAUAUAAAAAUAAGCGCUUCGACAACAUUUUCAUUUCAUUCUGAAUUAUUAGAAGAAUUGGAUAAAAAAAAAACAAAAUACUAGUUACCUUUAAAAAAAAUGCCGCCUGAACAUCAUCCAUUUGUGCCGUAUGAUUUUUGGCAGACAGAUCCACCGGAUAUAGUAGAUAUAUCGUGCCUAAUGCCAAAUGGUAUUAUCAUAGUGAUGAAAGUAUCACAAAAUGCAACGUUUGAAGAAAUUAAAGAAGAGCUAUGGGAAAAUGCUCAACGUUAUCCGCUAUAUGGUUUUUUACACGAUAAAUCAGAGUAUGUCAUCACUGUGAUAUGUGGAACACAUUUCGGUAAAAAUGGCAAAGCUGAAGAAAUCCACAACGAGACGAUUCGCUUGUGUGAUGUUCAACCAUACUUCUGUUUGCUGAAAAUAGUCGAGAAAAAUAAAUCGACCGAUAACCCGCUAGAAAAAGACAUAUCACAUUUGAUUGGAAAGCCCGUGGAAGAAUUCAAGAAUUUAAACAAUCCCGAAGUGAAUGAUUUUCGUUAUAAAAUGGGUGUAAUUGCGGAACAAGUAUCAGAAGAGCGUAAAAGAAUGAAUUGGUUACAACGUUUAAAGUAUCAAUACCCGCCUCGAUUGGCCACAAAUAUUAACAUACCGCAAUCGGUUCGUGGCCGAUUCAACAAUGACAAAUUUAUGAUUGUUUCACGAUCAGAAAACGAUGCGAAUUCAUCAUUUACACAUGAAAUCCCGUACCACUUAUCGCCAACACUAAUUCUUAAGAAAAUUUUAACGAAAAUGUCACACACCACCAAUCAGCCGCAACACAACUAUGAUGAUUAUAUUUUGAAAAUUUGUGGACAGGAUGAAUACAUAUUUGGUGAUAGUCAAAUUAUUCAAUUUUUGCAUGUACAAGAUGUUCUAUCUGCAAAUGGGAUACCAAGUUUUGUCAUUCAGGCUAAACAAAAUGUCAAUAUGUUCAAGAAAAGUAUUUACGAAACAACCUUACCAAGAUUGGAUGAUCGUAAAGGCAAUGAUAGUAAAGCUCGAUUGGGCACAUCAACGUGCACAUUGAAGAAAAAACAAAAGCAUACAUCGUCGUGGGACAUCAAGCAACAGUUGCAAAUUUGCAUACACGCAAUCAAAGGACUUAAUUGUGAUACAAACAAAGCUGUCGAAGUGGGUAUACAGGCUGGUCUAUUUCAUGGCGGUAAGUCGCUGUGCGAACCACAAAAAACUAGUCCGAUCCCAUUACCAACCGAUGGAUGCGCUCAAUGGGAAGAAGUCUUAAAAUUUGAUAUUAUGGUGUAUAAUGUGCCACGAAUGGCACGCCUCUGUUUAGUCGUUUAUGAAAUCGUUAAAAACUCAAAAGGUAGUAGCAAUAGCAGUGGAACAACUAGACGACGUACAAAAGAUAAAAUGUUUAGCAUGAAUCCAAUAGCAUGGGUGAAUACAACCGUUUUCGAUUAUAAGAAUCAGCUUAAAACCGGUGCCAUGACAUUAUACACAUGGACCUACGCAGAAGAUUCUCAAUCAGAAGACUGGCUUCAUCCACUUGGUACGGUCGAAUCAAAUCCAAGAACCGAUGAACGCGCUGCCAUUAUGUUAAGCAUUUACAAUUAUAAUAUCGAAAAUGUAAUCGUUUAUCCAGAUGAAGAUAGAAUAAUAGAUUAUGCCAAGGAGUUGGAGAAAACCAAAAAUUUUAAUCGUGAUAGUGCCCAAGAUAUUAGAAGUAUUAACGAAAUAAUGUCACCAUAUUUAAAUAAUGAUAAGAUUCAAGAAAUGCAUGACCAAGAUAGAAAUGCUAUUUGGGCCAAAAGAAAUGAGGUACAAGAUUUUCUACCUGCUGGAUUGCCUUGUUUAUUGCACUGUGUUGAGUGGAAUGACCGAGAUGAAGUGUCUGAAAUGCGCCGUUUAUUAACCAAAUGGAAAUCCCUGAGUGAGGAACGAGCGUUGGAGCUACUUGACUAUGCAUACGCUGAUUCGAGCGUUCGCAGUUUUGCAGUCAAGUGUUUAAAAAUGUUAAAACUUACCGACGACGAUUUACUUCUCUAUUUAUUACAAUUGGUUCAAGCUAUGAAGCACGAGUCCUAUUUUCAAUGUGAUUUAGUUGAAUUUCUUUUGGAUCGUGCACUACAAAAUCAUCGAAUUGGCCAUCAUUUCUUUUGGCAUUUACGUUCAGAAAUGUUAGUUCCAUCAGUUCAAGUGCGGUUUGGUAUAAUUUUAGAAGCUUAUCUAAAAGGAAGCCAAGAGCAUAUAUCGAUUCUUCUCAAGCAAAUCAGUUGUUUGGAUGAGCUGAAAAAGGUUUCGGAACAAGCAAAAAAAUUCAAUAAAGAUAAAGGUCGAGCGGUUUUACAACAACAUUUGAAUAACUCAUUUAUUAAGCAAAAAAUUGAAGAUGUUUUGAGUCCAUUAAAUCCGAGCUUUCGAUGUCGAUCGAUUAAAAUUGACAAAUGUAAAGUAAUGGACUCAAAAAUGCGGCCACUAUGGAUCGUAUUUGAAAAUUCAGAUAUGCAUGGAGAUGAUAUUUGUGUGAUCUUCAAAAACGGUGAUGAUUUGAGACAAGAUAUGUUAACAUUGCAAAUGCUUCGUGUAAUGGACAAAAUAUGGAAAAGCCAUGGCUAUGAUUUUCGAAUGAAUCCAUAUAGUUGCGUUAGUACAGAGCAUCGAUUGGGCAUGAUAGAAAUUGUUUCAAAUGCAGAAACAAUUGCGAACAUACAAAAAGAACGUGGAAUGUUUUCAGCAACAUCGCCGUUCAAGAAGGGUUCAUUGUACGCGUGGCUUAAAGAUCAUAAUCCCGAUGAUUUAGAUAAAGCGAUCCGUGAAUUUACGCUCAGCUGUGCUGGAUAUUGUGUUGCUACCUAUGUAUUAGGAGUUGCUGAUCGUCACUCGGAUAAUAUUAUGGUGAAAAAAACGGGACAGUUAUUUCAUAUCGAUUUUGGACAUAUACUGGGCCAUUUUAAAGAAAAAUUUGGCAUACGAAGGGAACGUGUUCCGUUUGUACUAACGCAUGACUUUGUCUAUAUCAUAAAUAAAGGAAAAACUGAUCGCGAAACAGAAGAAUUUAAAACAUUCAAGCAAUUGUGUGAGACUGCAUUUUUACUAUUGCGCAGUCAUGGCUGUUUAAUUCUAUCACUAUUUUCAAUGAUGAUCUCGACUGGUUUGCCUGAACUGUCAUCGGAAAAAGAUUUAAAUUACUUACGUGACACACUGGUAUUGGAUAUGUCUGAGGAGGAAGCUCGUGAUCAUUUUCGACAAAAAUUCAGUGAGGCAUUGCUUAAUUCAUGGAAAACAUCACUAAACUGGGCAUCACACAAUUUCUCCAAGAAUAACAAACAGUGACAGUAGUGUAGUUGUACCAGUUUCAUCCAUACCGGUUUUUGCAUGGUAUCUAUGAAACAGGUACAACUAUCGUUAUUUCUCUCUCUUUCUCUCUCUCUUUCUUGCUCUUUCUCUUUCCUUUUCUUUCACUUGCUCCCUUUUUCUCUCUCUUUCGCUGUUGUUUUCUUAAGUCUUAAGUAAUUUAAAUUAUUUAUCAUUCCUUUUUUACUUCGAUCAGAAAUAGAAAUCUUUAAAUAACAAUCUCGAUAUUCACUUGAAAGCAAAUAAAAACACGUAUAUUCAUUUAGAAGAAGGUACAACUUUA